AUGAAUAAAUUUGUGGAUUCAAUAACUAUUGAAGAACAGGAUAAACUAGAAGAAUUGUAUGCAAGGGCUUUGUAUAGUUCAGGAACACCUCUGGACUUUGCUGAAGAUUCUUAUUGGAGACAAUUUUUUGUAAGAAUUCGUCCAGCAUUUAAAAUACCUUCGAGGCAUAUAAUAUCAAAUAAGUUAUUAGACUCUGAGUAUGCUAGAGUAAAUGCUGAUGUACAUCUCAAAAUGACAAUCUCUAAGAACUUGUCAUUACAAUGUGAUAGUUGGAGUAAUAUAAGGAAUGAAGCCAUUAUGAAUUUUAUAAUUUGUACUCCUUCCCCAGUUUAUUAUAAAUCAAUUGCUACAGCAGAAGAAAAACAUACAAUUAUCACUGAUAAUGCAUCUGCCAUGUUAAAAGCUACAAAAAUAUUAACAACUAAAUAUCCACAUAUUACCUCAUAUGGUUGUGCAGCCCAUGUAUUGAAUUUAUUGAUUGACGAUAUUCUUAAAGUCUCAUUAUGUACUAGCAAAGUUCACAAUACUACAAAGCAAAAAAGUGUAACUAAUAUAUCUUUGAAACUUCCUGGAAAAACUCGUUGGGGUAUAUUAGCAGUCACAGAAGGUAUAGAAAAUUAUCUUACUCCAAGUGUAUUGGAGUCCAUUUUAAAUGAAGAUUCAUUUUGGUUAAAAAUUGGUUCAUUGAUAUCAAUAUUUGAAGUAAUUGUCAAAUGGAUUACUUUAUUAGAAGGAGAUGAGUCAAAAAUAAGUUUAGUAGUGGAAGCUUUCUAUGAAAUAGAACUUAAUUGGCAAACGUUUUUAAAUUCAGAUAUAAUUACUAUAGAAGAAAAAGAUCAAUUAAAUACUUCUAAUAUUCUAGAUCCAGCUUAUAAUGGUGUUCAUCUUUCAAACAACGAACAAGUCUUAGGAACUGAAUAUAUUGAUCAAAAGUCAACAGAUAUAUGUCCUAACAACUCAGUAGAAAUUAUGGCACAACUUGCAGAAUAUAGGUGUAAAGAAGGAUUUUUUUCCAACUCUUAUGUUUUUAAAUCUGUUGAUAAACUUUCGCCUACUGUGUGGUGGAAAGGUACAUGUUUUUGUUUGAAUUUGUCAGCUAUUGCUCUGGCAAUAUUAGAAAUGCCCCCAACUACUGCAGCUACUGAACGAAGCUUUAGUAUUCAAGGUUUUAUUCAUUCUUCCAAACGAAACAGAUUGACCACAGAAAGAGCAGCAAAGUUAACAUUUAUUUCGCAUAAUUUGAAAAUUAUGAAACGAAAAGAAUAUAACAAAUGUUCUAGUCAAAUAAAUAAUGUUAAUAGCCAAAGUCCUAACCAUGAGAAUACAUUAAACAAUGAAUAUGGUUACCAGCAAAAUAUUACUCAUGUAAGUAAAAGUGAUACAGAUGAAGAAGAUAGAGUUGAUACAGAUACAACUUCGUCUCCAAGAUUUAACUGCUUAGCGUUAAAUGACGAAUCAGAUAGUUUUAAUUUCAGUUUAAAUGGUGAUGAUAUUAGUCAGUGCAAUAAUGAUAAUAUUUAUUCCAAUGAAAGUCUAUUGAAUAUUCUGAAUAUUGCCAGUACUAGUAAAAGCAAUAACUCUUCUAAAAUCCCAUUACAACCAGAAUCCAAUAAUUUGUACAUAUCCACACCAAAAAAACCAGUAUCAAAAAAAUCAAAAUUUAAUAGGUUAAUUAUUUUGUCUGAUGAUGAAGAAUUUCUGUAA